AGCAACAUUGAGGAACCUGGAAAAGAAAUGAGCACAGAGAGCCCAUUCUCAUCACCUCAAACCUACAUUGAUGAGUUUGACCCUGUAGAUUACUACAGAACAUACUAUCACCCUGAAGAAGGAAGUUUAAUUGGAGAAUGGCUUGAGUUUGCACUGCAGAACCUUCAUGAAACUUUCACCUCAGGUGGUGUUAAAGGAGACCUAUUAAUUGACUUUGGAGCUGGACCCGCAAUUUACCACCUUCUCUCGGGUUGUGAAGCUUUUAACAAUAUAAUCACUUCUGAUUUUCUGGAGCAAAACCGAACACGGCUACAGAAGUGGCUGAGGAAGGAUCCCGAUGCAUUUGACUGGACUCAUGUUGUCAAGAGGGUGUGUGAGCUGGAAGGUAACAGUGACAGUGAGAGCUGUAAGAAAAAGGAAGAAACAUUGAGGAAAAAAGUGACAAAAGUCCUGAAAUGUGAUGCUCUGAAGGAGAACCCAUAUGACCCGGUGAAGAUGCCACAAGCUGAUUGCCUGAUCAGUUGCCUCUGCUUAGAAGCCCCCUGCGAAGAUGUAGAAUACUUCACAAAUAUUUUGAGGAAUCUUAAAAAUUUAAUUAAACCAGGGGGUCACAUAGUGAUUCAGAGUGUACUUAACUGUACAUACUACUAUGUUGGUCAAAAGAUGUUCUCCUGUCUGUCCAUUUCUAAGGAAGAAGUGGAGAUGGCAUUUGAAGAGGCCGGUUACGAAAUAGUGCAGCUAAAGGUCACUACAUGUACUGAAAAGCAGAAGGAUAUCAGUAAUUAUGAUAGCUAUUACUUUGUCCAUGCCCGUAAACCAUGUUCAUAGACAAAUGGCCUAUUAGGCAUACAUAUGCAGCUCCUAAUUGUUAAUUUCUCCAGUUGCUUCUCAAAUUG